AUGAACUAUAACGCCAACUCUCAAUCUUACGGAAGUCCAAAAGGCCGCGCCGCCUAUACCGCUCAAGAAGAGGCAGAAUUGAGAGAAUAUUUAAUACAAAAAAGAAGAGAAGGAAUGCCUUUGCGCGGCAACGUCAUAUAUUGGACUUAUCCUGGGGUAAACGUUCGUCACCCUUGGCAAUCUAUUAGAUCUCACGCAAUAAAAUUUAUUAUGCCAAAUUUACCGCCUGAACGCUCCGUUGUCGUAAACAUGGCGAAUGAAAGAACGAGUGCUUCAACAACGAAACAAAUACGAAGUAGCAGCGACUUACAAGAGGAAAGAAGCUCUAAAUUCACACCAACACGUCCCGUGUACAACAACUAUAGGGAAAGUCAAGAACAGACAUUUACUAAAGAUGAAGUGAAAAUUUUUCGCGAUUAUCUUAUCUCUCAAAGAAAUGCAGGUGAAGGACUAUACGGGUCUUUAAUUUAUAGAUUUUAUCCAGGACUGCAUGAACAUUCAUGGAAUUAUUUACGAGAAUAUGCUAUAAAGCAUAUUAUUCCAAAAUUACCUGAUGAUCCAAACAAUGAUAGACGGCAAUCCCAAACAUCAAAGACAACACACGAAGUUGUUGAUGACGAUGAAUUUGAUCCCAAAAAUGGAUCAUCUUCGGUUCAUGAUAUAAUCAACAUGGACCAAUUCCAGAAUGACAAGAGUUUUGAGGAUGAUAACGAUUCUCAAACACUAAGUUCAUGUGAGACAAUCGUCGAAGACGAUUCCCCCUCACCAGAACGAACCAGGUGUCAUUUUUUAACUAACCAUGAUGCCGAUGAUUAUUAUCAUGAUGGAUGUGCACGGACGAAUAAAAAGGUAACUAAUAAGUUACAAAUUGUGAAUAAAGGGAAAAAGGCUGUUUUCUUUCACAUAAGUCCGUCAGAUCAAGCCACAAAUCAUACAAGCACCUCAGCAUCUACAUUAGGAAAAAGGUCUGCUUCUACCCCAGAUAAUUGCGCUGAUAGCAAAUGGAAGAAGCGGAAGCUAUCAUCAAUCAAAAAUUGA